CAGAGACGUUAUGCGUCAAAACGCUUCCGCUUAGCUUUCCGACCUGCCUUUCCAGUGGAGUGGCUGGUGUGAACAGACAGAAGAGAAGCAAACACCACCUAGGAGAAGUAAUUCAAGAUGCCUCCUAAAAAGACAGAAGCCCCAAAACAACCUCCAUUAAUUGGGCGAUUUGGAACAUCUCUGAAAAUUGGCAUUGUGGGGUUGCCUAAUGUCGGGAAAUCUACAUUUUUUAAUGUGCUCACCAAAAGCCAAGCUGCUGCAGAUAACUUCCCAUUCUGCACCAUUGAUCCAAAUGAGAGCAGGGUGCCAGUUCCUGAUGAGCGCUUUGAUUACCUGUGCCAGUACCACAAGCCAGCCAGUAAGGUUCCUGCUUUCCUAAAUGUGGUGGACAUUGCUGGUCUGGUGAAGGGAGCUCAUGCAGGGCAGGGACUUGGAAAUGCCUUUCUCUCUCAUAUCAGUGCCUGCGAUGCCAUUUUCCAUAUGACCCGUGCUUUCGAUGAUGAAGACAUUACCCACGUGGAAGGCAACGUGGACCCAGUGAGAGACAUUGAGAUCAUCCAUGAGGAGCUGCGGCUAAAAGACGAGGAAAUGAUUGCUCCCAUCAUAGACAAGCUGGAGAAAACCGCAGUCAGAGGAGGAGACAAAAAACUAAAACCUGAAUACGAUAUCAUUCUGAAGGUAAAGAACUGGGUUGUGGAAGAGAAGAAACAUGUCCGAUUUUACCAUGAAUGGAAUGACAAAGAGAUUGAGGUGCUGAACAAAUACCUGUUUCUGACAUCGAAGCCCAUGAUCUACCUGGUUAAUCUCUCUGAGAAGGAUUACAUUAGGAAAAAAAACAAAUGGUUGGCAAAAAUCAAAGAGUGGGUAGAUGCCCACGAUCCUGGUGCCAUGGUCAUCCCGCUGAGCGGAGCGGUGGAGGCUAAACUUCAGGAGAUGGAAGAGGAGGAGAGUACUAAAUACUGCGAGGAACAGAAAACACAGAGUGUUCUGACCAAAAUUAUAAAGACAGGCUAUGCAGGACUACAGCUGGAGUACUUCUUCACGGCAGGGCCGGAUGAGGUCCGAGCGUGGACCAUCAGGAAAGGAACCAAAGCUCCUCAGGCUGCAGGGAAAAUCCACACAGACUUUGAGAAAGGCUUCAUCAUGGCUGAGGUGAUGAAGUUCAAUGACUUCAAAGAGGAGGGCAGUGAGAGUGCGGCCAAGGCUGCUGGGAAAUACAGACAACAGGGCAGGAACUACACCGUGGAGGACGGCGACAUUAUCUUUUUCAAAUUCAACACACCCAAUGCACCCAAAAAGAAAUAGAGGGACCACUUAAUUGCCAGGGGGGUAUCUCAGUUCAGUUCAGUUGGGCUCCAAAGAGCUGCACUGUGGGCUGGUUUUCUAAUUCUCCUUAAAUAUUAGGCACAGUUAUCACAAUCUCUUAACAUAAUGCCAAUCAAAGCAUGAAAUGUAAUUGAUAUUUCAAGUGAAUUACAAGGAUAAUUUUCAAACAAGCUUGGACAAAGUUGAGCUAUUUACAAUAUUCAUUAAAAAAAAGGGUAAUUAACCUGAAAUACCUGGACCAGAAUACAAUUUGGCAUUUUCUUUCUUUUUUUGUUGCUGCCAGUUUUGGGCUGUUUUUAACAUGCAAUAAGGCUCUUUUAUUCAGAUUUUCUUUAUUACAGUAUAAAUAUUCAAACCACAGAAGCUGAAUAUCCUUUACUGCUUUUACUUUAUCAUCAGGUUUAACAGCUUCCUGUGUUUCAUUAGUUGACCAAUUAGUAGAUCUUAAUAGGACCUCUGGUUAGCUCUUUUUUAAAAGGCAGAUUAAGAAGUCUCCUCUUAUUAAUCUGUUCUGUAUUAUAAUCCUGGCAAGGUUUUGGUGACAUGUUGCUUUCAGAAACCAAACCAAAACCUCAGUAACCUGUUUACGUAAUAAAGGAGAAUGAAGGCCAUCAUUCGGUGCAGGACUGAGCUGUGAAGAGAAGAGACCAGCCUAACUGAUGGUGGCAUGGAUUGAACUCAUGCUACAUUAUUUGCUUUUACUGACUUGCUCUGGCUUGGGUAUUAAAAAAACCCUUCGCCCUGUCUCCUUUAUUGACGGUGUGUUUUUACGCAUCUGCUGGAGUGUGCAGCUGCAGAUUUACCUUGUACCACAUUGUUAAUGUCUUCAUUGCUAUAUUAAAAUUGUGCCCUAGAAUGAAAUAUUGCCCUUAUAAACAUGCAUAUGUCAGUAAAAGAACAAAAAUCUC